UGGUGCUUUGCGGUGAGGACAACAAAGAUGGCGAUUCAGCUCGGCGUUACUGGACGUGCAGUGAAUUGUCAAAUGUACAACAGAUGAGCUAAAGGACCGACAAGCCGCACAGCACUGCAGAAAACCCCUCCACUGUGGUGCAGCGACAGCACACUGACCUGCCUGCGUCGGUAACUUAAGAGACUAGAUGCCCUCUCCAAAAGCCAAAAACCCCGGUCGCGGUGGAGGAAGCCCCGUAUUUGGUAGUAACAACGGCCGGUAUGAGUUCAUGUCGCUGACAAAGCCACUGAACCGUUCCUCCCCGCCGCCUCACCUCCUCCAGAGGCAGGGCUCCGACCCGAACACCGCCCGGCUCCGAGCCUCGGAGAGCCCCACUCGGCGCCGGGGCUCCAGCUCCUCUACCGGGAGCGGUCAGGGGAUGGCGGAAGAGGACGGUAUACGGAUCAACCCCUCUUUCAUCCGCGUAGCGCUGAGCUCGCUGCUUGCCAUCGACCUGUGGCUGUCUAAGCGACUGGGGGUGUGUGCCUGUGAGGACUCGUCCUGGGGCAGCGUGCGUCCGCUAAUGAAACUGAUAGAGAUAUCUGGACAUGGUAUCCCGUGGCUGGCUGGCACCGCUUACUGUCUGUACAAGAGUGACAGUGCUGCAGGACAAGAAGUCAUGCUCAACCUCUUCAUGGGCCUGCUGUUGGAUGUGGUCCUGGUGGCUAUUGUUAAGGCUGUGGUGCGUCGGCGUAGGCCAGCGCAUAACCGCAUGGACAUGUUCGCCACCUUCUCCGUGGACCGCUACUCCUUCCCUUCCGGCCACGCCACCCGCGCUGCUAUGUGCGGGCGUUUCCUGCUGGCCCACCUGGUGCUCGCCGCACCCCUUAGGUUCCUCGUCCUGCUGUGGGCAGUCUUGGUGGGGCUGAGCCGAGUGAUGCUGGGCAGGCACAAUGUGACUGAUGUGAUGUUUGGGUUCUGGAUGGGCUAUUGCCAGUACAACCUGGUGGAGAUGGCAUGGCUUUCACCUCAAACUCUGCAAGGGCUGCUGGGACAGUUGGUUUAAUGUUAAAACACUGAAGGAGAUACUGUCUGUUUAGAUAUGGAUGGUACAAGCACCUGCACAUCUUUUUGUCUUCAGAUCAGACAAAGUGUACUUUGACUAGAGAAGAGCACCACUAUCAUACAGUUUUCUGCUGUUAUAUUACAGUACAAUAGCAUCCAACCUUCAUUCUAAUUAAUCACUGACUACCUUUCCUCACAAUUAAUAAUACAGGAAUUUAAUCAGAAUAGACCAGAAAGGAACAUAUUUGAUCAAUUUACAUACUGAAGCCACCACACUCACUACAACCACCUCAUUUGCACUCUUACCAGCCUGAAUCAUGGACCAUAUGAAGUAUAUGAACAGUUGUUUUUGACACUGAACAUUGGGAGCAGCUUGCCCACAUGUCUUCAGUUGCCAUCUUUCUUUAGCACAAGAUGUAGGAACUGAGGUUGAUAUUCACCAACUGAUUUGGCUUCUCAGCAGUUCAUGCUGUGAUUCCCGUCCAGUCCUUAAAGGUCUCCUCUCCUUUCAAAGAGCAGACUCAAUUUUUACUUCCCUCUUCCUCACAACUACAUCUGAUAGGAUUAGACAUAUAAUUGCUUCAAGGUGACACACCCUGACCUUGACAAACAUUAAUUUCACCAAUUUAUCUCUCUCUGUCAUUCUCAUUUGUUUUUCCAUCACAUAUCCAAGGCCAGGUCACACUGGCAUUAAGCUGAGUGUUUCCAGGCCAGGAGAGAUAUGUUAUCCCUCCACUGUGUUCUGAGUGUGCCCUGGGGUCUACUACCAGUUGGACAUAGCCCAAAAACCUCUAGAGGGAGGCCUCCAGGAGGCAUUGUGACCAGGUGCACAAACCACCUCAGCAUGGUCCUUUUGAUGCAAAGGAGUAUUUAU